GAAUACAGCUCUUACAUUAAGUGUUGUAGUUUUGACUCUCUAGAAUUCUGGAUUUUUUUUAAAGUUUCAAGAGGCUAGUAAUUACUUGAUAUAAAUGAUUGAGGGGAUCGUUUGGGUUUAGCGACACUUAGACAGAUAUUAAAAAAGCAUUUUAAACGAGCCGGACUAGUGAAACAACCAAGGCAAUGUCCUUAUGCUGAGGCCAAGUUUUUGCGCAAAAACAACACAUGUAAUACCCAACAGGCGAGAUGUUGAUCGUUUUUAAUACUUUUAGCGGUGACAUCUCGGGGACCUCCUGCGUGCACACAAUAACGUUAAAAAAACAUAGCCCUCUGGUAACCACGCACUUUAAUUAUCAGACAGAGUAUAAAUGAGUGCAUGUUGGAGCCAUUUCCACACGCAUCCCACUCUUCUAAGCGCUGAGCAACAACGCCCUUCACAAGCCGAGUUUAUCACUGAGUUCCUAUUGAACUUUCACAAAAAGGAAAACUGGUCUUAAACCAAGCGUUCACCAGACUGCACAUCAAGGCGCAGAGCAGCAACGCCCUUGCAUUGUACCGUACACAGCAAAGGGCCCAAGACAAGCUACUCGAGUUUAUCACUGAGUUCCUAUUGAACAUUCUUAGAAGAGAAGACAAGACAAAGCUGAUUGCAAUGUCUAAUAAUAGCACUAACUCGCAAGAACUUGAUUUCAAGCCUUACUCUACAGGCAUAGUCGACGUUGCGUUCGCAGUUCCGUUUGCUGUGAACAUGGUAUUCGGGGUGACUGGCAACGUCCUUGUGGUGUUAGUGGUUCGCCGGAAUCGCACCAUGCACACCGUAACAAACUUUCUCCUGGUUAACCUUGCGCUCGGAGAUAUGCUUGUUCUCAUUUGUAAUCCUCGAUGGCACAGUUUUGUUGUCACCCCGGUUCAUCCUCACGGGGCAUUGGGAAAUGCUCUUUGUGUGUUUUACACAGGGAACGCCAUUAUAACUAUUCCAUGCGCGGCGACCAUUUUCACUCUGGUAGUUUUAGCGGUUGAGAGAUACAACGCGCUGGUGAAUGCUCUGCGCCAUUGGAGGCUAACUCCCGAGACUUGCCCGUACGUAUUGAUAGCCAUUUGGGUCCUCGCCCUCGCGAUCAGUAUCCCAGACUUUUUGAACAACUACUUCAGCGAGAAGUACAACAAGUGCCUGUACCUACUGAGUCUAGAGCUUGCUACUGAACUGUCGUUUGAGAUUAUCGCAACCGUGACGACUGUAGGCUUUCUUCCUCUUAUUUUUAUUUUAUUCUGCUAUUUUCACAUCCUAAAAGGGUUGUACGUAACGAAUACGAUUUGCUCCGAGCAAAGUGCCAUUGAUGAUAAUUUGGCCAAGAAAAAGAUCGCGAAGAUGUGUCUUUCUGUUACCGCAGUGUUUUUCCUUUGCUACAUCCCAUACGGGAUAUACUUUGUUUUUAUUGCUGCGUCGAGUCGAGAGGUGCUGAUAGCGAAUCAAUACACGUUUGAAGUGAUCAAAAGGGCCCUUGAGUUUUGUUUUACGUUGUCCUCCAGUCUGAACCCGAUGAUCUACGCCUUUCAGAGCUCAAGCUAUCGUGAAGGUUUUCGGAAAGUCGUGAAGUGGAAGAGGGAAAUUUCCCCAUCAAACGUUAGCGCCGCUUCCGAUCCUAAGAACCGCACUAACAGCAGAUCAGGACAGAAUGCUGGGUGAUAAAAAAACUAGACAUCACACAGCAGAACAGGGUAGAAUGCUAAGGGUGAUCGAAACAACUUAGAACAGAACUAAUAGCAGCAGAAAAGGACAGAACGCUGGGUGAUCGAAACAACUUAGAACAGAACUAAUAGCAGCAGAAAAGGACAGAACGCUGGGUGAUCAAAACAACUAGACAUCGUACUGUUAAUAGCAGAUCAGGGCACAAUUCUACUGGUGAUCAAAACAAUUAGACUCGAGGUCCAGAGCAAAAAAGCACUAAAAA